UGCUCUCAUUUAGCCAAGGAUUGGUAGUUGUGUCAGUCUGCCGUGAGAUCUCACAGUUAAUCUCUUUAGUCUGGCAGGGACAUUGAGAGUUUUAAUUAACUAAGUGGUCAUUCUAAAUGUGGACCCAGAGCAAAUAUACAGUACAGAGCAGGAAUAGCUCACAGCUCCAGAAUAGCCUGUCCGACCUCACUAUUAAAGUCCUGUCUAGCACACUUUGAAAAAAACAAAUAUCUUACAUAUCAAUCAAAAAUCAUUGCAAUUUUCUUGGCUUUACAAAAAGAGGUGGCCCUUUGCAACACCCUCUACGGUGUAGUUUUAAGAGAAGGAUUGUGACUGGUUGACUGCAAGUGAGAAGGCCUGUGAUAGGUCGGUCAAACUGGUGAACCAUGGGAAAUGGGCUGGUCCUAAGAAGGAAUUAAUAGGGCUCUAAGAAUUAAUUGAAGCAGGUCGGAGUUCACAAAUCAGCGACAGUUGGAUAAGGAGUCGAGGGCUCAAUCUGAAUGGGAUUGCGUGCAGUGCAGCCAUGUUUAGCACGUUGAAAAAGAUUUUUUGGCCCAGUACUGUGGCAGCAGUAGCUCAGAUCCCAGGACCACAGACACCAGCACCUGUGCCGGCUCCGGCUUCAACCCCAGCAUCUGCUGCUCCGACAAAGGAGGAAAAGACAGAUGCAAAGAAAGAUGAAGAGAAAAAGGAGGAGGAAAAGCCUGCUGCGGCUCCGGCUCCGGCUCCGGCUCCUGCACCGGCUCCUGCACCGGCUCCUGCACCGGCUCCUGCUCCAGAGCCCCCUAAACCAGAGGCCAAAUCAGCAGAUCCAGCCAAUCCUGGGGCAGAAGCUGCAGAAGGUGAGGAAGGAGCACCACCACCACCUCCUCCACCCAUCGUCAUCAACAGAUACUCUGACGACCAGCUGCGAGAUAUUGUGAAGAAACUUCGCGAGAGGACGGAGCUUUUUAAGGAGAAAGUUGUUGACCCCUAUGCCUCGUCCCCAGAGCGCAGCCCACCCGUCACACCGGUUUAUCGAAAGGAAGACUGGAACAGAAAGCAGGAAGCGGAGAGAAUAAAGCGAGAAGAGGCUGAGCAGAAGAAAAAAGAGGAUGAUGCUAAGAGAGCAGCUGCAAAGAAAGAAAAAGAGGAGAAAGAAAAGAAGGAGAAAGAGGAAAAGCUGAAAGCUGAGAAGGAGCAGGCUGAUAAGGAGGAGGCCGAAGCUAUCUGCCCUAAAAUCAAAUGCACAUGCAUAGACACACUUCUCAAACCUUUAGAAGACAAGAUGGACUCAUAUUUGGGGACGACCAUCGACCCUUUCACAGAUCGGCGGUAUAUUAAAUGGCUAAGUGUCGUCACAAUCGCUUUUAACUAUAAUGUUUGGCUCGCCACGGCACGUUUGUGUUUCCCGUACCACACGCCUGAAGCAAUCCCCUUCUGGAUCUUUUUCGAUGUCCUGGCAGACGUGGUGAACAUCAUAGACAUCACCAUGUUUCAGACACGCUUACAGUUUGUGAAAGCAGGAGACAUCAUAAAAGACAGAAUAAUGACAAAACAGAACUACAGAGAAUCUGCCAGAUUUCAGAUAGACCUGAUAAGCAUCAUACCAUUCGACUUGCUGUGUUUCCACUUUGGGUUUAACUCAAUCUUUAGGAUGAACCGUUUUUUACGGUAUCAAUCCUUUUUUGAGUUCAGCGAUCGUCUGGAAAGCAUCAUGACUAAGGCGUAUAUCUGGAGAGUUGGACGUACUACUGGAUAUCUGCUCUACUGCCUCCAUAUCAACUCCUGCCUUUACUAUGUAGCAUCAGAAUACGAGGGGCUGGGCAGCACGAAAUGGACAUAUGAUGGAGAAGGAAAUGCGUAUCUCCGCUGUUAUUAUUUUGCUACCCGUACGCUGAUCACUAUCGGAGGUCUUCCUGAGCCCAACACACUCUUCGAGAUCAUCUUCCAGCUGGUGAACUUCUUCACAGGAGUCUUCGUCUUCUCUAGCUUGAUUGGACAGAUGAGAGAUGUCAUUGGAGCAGCUACAGCGGGUCAGACCUACUUCCGCGCUUCCAUGGACUGCUGUGUGGCGUAUAUGAACACCUACACCAUUCCAAAACUGGUGCAGAACAGAGUACGCACCUGGUACAACUACACCUGGGAUUCCCAGGGCAUGCUGGAUGAGUCUGAGCUACUGGAACAGAUGCCUCUGGUGAUGAGAACAGCCAUCGCUGUGGAUAUCAACCUCGCCACCUUCCAGAAGAUCGACCUCUUCAAGGGCUGUGACAACCAGAUGCUCGUGGACAUGUUAUUACGUCUGAAAUCCAUUGUGUACCUGCCAGGAGACUUUGUUUGCAAGAAGGGUGACAUUGGGAGAGAAAUGUACGUUAUUAAGGCCGGAGAGGUGCAGGUCAUCGGUGGGCCGGACAAUAAGAUCGUGUUCGUGACAUUAAAAGCAGGAUGUGUGUUCGGGGAGAUCAGUCUCUUACAGUCAGCAAAAGAUGGAGGCAACAGAAGGACAGCAAAUGUAGCGGCUCAUGGAUUCGCUAACCUCUUCGUACUGGAUAAGAAAGAACUCACUGACAUCCUGGUCCACUAUCCCGAGUCUCAGAAGGUGCUGGCCAAGAAGGGACGGAAACUGAUGAAGGCCAAAGGUAAAACUGCUCCUGUCAAAGAUGAAGGAGAAAAGAAGAAAGGACUGGCUAUGUUUGGACAAAAACCUCCCACUCCCAAAAUGUUACGUGCUUUUGGAGGCUUCGGGAAAGGAGGUUUGCUGGAGAAACUCAGGGCUCAAGCAGCAGCAGAAAAAAAGAAUUAAGAACUCCAUCCAUCCAUCCAUGAAUUGCA